UGAAAGUCUGAAAUAAAGGUUAUAAAAAUAAUAAUAAAAAUCGUGAACCAAGAUUGAACAUUGAUCUUUGAAAUUCGAUGUGCCAAAUUUGAAUUAAAUAUGAAUUGUUUGUUAAUAUUUGAUCAUUUGAAUGAUGUCGUUCAUAUGAAAUAUAAUGAGGAAUUUCUAAAUCAUAUGAAUGAUUUUAGUCUUGAACAAGAGUUCAUCAGUUUGGGAUCCCGAAUGUCUCAAUUAGACGAUAAUAUAAUAAUGCAAUGUUUUUCACCAAUAAUAACAUCUCACCGAAUUAUGAACUGUCAAUUUGGAAAUUCCUAUAAUUAUGUUAAAUGUGAAGGCAACUUGGUGAUAUAUUUUGAAGAGUAUAUGGGGUACUUAUUCGUGGCAAUAAGUGAUAAAAAAGAAGAAUACAUGAAAAAAUUCACAAACUUAUGUGUUACGGUGGUGCGCUACUUGUGUGGUCCAGAUGUCUACCAAUUGAAAGUGGAUACAAAAAAAUCGACUUUAAUGGAUAAACUUAUUGAUGGAUGGAUGAAUUUGGAUUCGAAUGAUCAAGCAAUACACGUAGAGGCUGUAGAGCAAUUGACUGUGAAUCCUGAUUUGACUUCAACAACAAUUCAGAUACUGAGAGAAUCUGUGGAUCAUCUAAUUAGUCAAAUUGAAUGUAAAAAAAUUCAUGCUUUAGUGUUGGUACAAAAUAAGUUUUUGUCAUUAUAUUCCAGUCCGACUGCCAAAGAAUUGUCUUCUACUGAUAUAGUUUUCCUAACAAUAUUGUCUCACAGUACUCUUCCAGAGAAGACUGAAAGUGAAACCAUUUCAGACAAUAUUUCAAGCCACCAGAUCCUUCUUGCUGGUCCUGAAGGAAAUCCAAAGUGUUUGCCUCAUGUAGUACACAUUACCCCACUUUCAAAUGGAAUAAAUCUCCUUUAUUUGCUUGAGAUUGGUAACCCAGCCGUUGCAGCUAGUCUCUAUGAAACUUUUUGUCAUCUUCAUAUCAUGCAACAAGUUCAAAUUCAACGAGAUAAAGAAAUACUUCAGCCUGCAUUCGAGAACCUAGACUUGGCUAACCGGAAGCUGAAUGACAGUUUAAAAAAGAAUAAAAAUAGUGCAAUAGAACUGUCACACAAACAAUUAGUCAAGAAGUGGGAGGUCAUAAAAAAAAAGUACCAAGAAUAUUUGAAAAGCACAUCUGAAGAGGCUUUGUUAAGAGCUGAAACUCUGGGUUUGGGCUUCUUGGAGAAUUUAAAAGAGUUACUUGGAUUGACCUCAGUUGAUGACAGUGUAUUGAUUUCUAGUACAAAGUAUAUAAAGCAGGUAGCAACUUCAGUUGGACACAAAUUAGAUAUGUUCGAGGAUUUCUUUAAAGCCAAGGGCAUGAAGAACUUUUCCUUUGGAUCUAGAUAUUCCCUAACCAUCAAUAAGUAUUUGGAGGAGUUUCCUGGUUUAGUACAUUUUUUAUAUAUCGACAGAAAUACCCAUAGAAUAACCACUCCAACUCUGGAUUUCACCACUCAAGAAGGAUUAUUCAAUAAAAAAAAGAUAUGGUUUAUGAUUGAUUUUGCAAGAAAAUACCUCCAGAAAGGAUGCAUGCAGUUGAUGUGGAAGGACACAACUUUUCACUAUGCAUAUUUCAUAUGGUUUGAAGACAACAGCGGAGCACCAUUGAAACCAUCAAUAUUUCCUAAUCAAAUAUUAUCUUUACCAGGAAUUUUGUGUGAAGACUUUUAUCAAAAAUUGAAAGGUAUUUGUUUUCCCAAAAUGCAGAUAUCUAAAAUACGAUGUUACGAGCUGUUUUGUCUCCAUUUAGGAUUAGUAACAGCAUCUUGUGUCCUUGAGCAAAAUAGGAGGCUAGCCGCAACUAUAUCCGAGUUGAGAGGACAUCCUUCCCAAGCAACAGAUUUUUUAUAAAUGAGAAGAAAAAAACAUCCUAUUUAGUGUAUGUGCCAAUUAUUGUGAAUUAUUUAUAUUGCUGUGAUAUUUUUUU